AUGUCUAACUUUGCUUCAAGAUACGACCGCAUUUACAAGGAAGUUAUCGAAAACACUGAACUCGACGCCCAAUCCCUGCCAUAUCUCACAAGAGUCGUCAAAGAAAGUCUACGCCUCUCCAUGGCUAAUCCCAAUCGCUUUCCUCGUUCCCGUCUCCCCAACAUUCCAGCUGGUACCAGCGUCGGUGCCGGCGCAUUCAUGCUGCACCAUAAUCCCGAAGUCUUUCCAGAGCCACACCAGUUUAUGCCAGAGCGGUGGCUGAAUCCGUCUCAGGAGAUGUUGCGUGACAGCUUCUACUUCGGGGAUGGCUCGCGACAGUGCAUCGCGCGGAAUCUUGUGUCUGCUGGACUUUGGUGGGCGGCUGAGGCUUUGAUUCGAAGUGAUGUCCUUCGAGGCGCAAAGGUUGUUCGGGACAAGAUCGAGAUUGUGGAGUGGUUUAAUGCAAAGAUUGUUGGUGAGAAGAUCGAGUUGCGUUGUGAACAAUGCCAGGGUACGUGCUUGUACAAGACUCUUUGGGAUGCAGCUUGCAGUUUUGCUUGGUACAUAAGCCUUGAGGGCAAGAAAACUCGAGACUUGGAAUGA